CAACAACCUCAGGUAGUAAGCUGGCAGUUCUUCUCUUCCCAUUCAACCAUCUAUAAGCCCAACUAUUACCCUAGCUUGCUUGGUACAACCAUCUCAUUGCUCUCCCCAUCAACUUGAUCGUCUCAAAUUCAUAGCUAAUUAAGGUCUUGCAAUGGGCGGCCUCUCUGUUCAGCAUCCGUGGGCCUUUACCUUCGGCCUCCUAGGCAACGUCAUCUCCUUCAUGACCUACCUGGCCCCACUGCCGACGUUCUACCGGAUCUACAAGAACAAGUCGACGCAGGGCUUCCAGUCGGUGCCUUACGUGGUGGCGCUCUUCAGCGCCAUGCUAUGGAUCUACUACGCGCUGCUCAAGUCCGACGAGUACCUCCUCAUCACCAUCAACUCCGCCGGCUGCGUCAUCGAGACCAUCUACAUCGUCCUCUACCUCGCCUACGCGCACAAGCAGGCCAGGAUCUUCACCGCCAAGAUCCUUCUCCUCCUGAACGUGGGUGUCUUCGGCCUCAUCCUCCUCCUCACCCUGCUUCUCACGGCGGGUGAGAGGCGCAUCGUCAUGCUUGGAUGGGUCUGCGUCGGCUUCUCGGUCAGCGUCUUCGUCGCGCCCCUCAGCGUCAUCCGUCUUGUGGUUCGCACACGGAGCGUGGAGUUCAUGCCCUUCUCCCUCUCCCUCUCCCUCACCGCCAGCGCCGUCGUCUGGUUCCUCUAUGGCCUCCUCAUCAAGGACAAAUACGUCGCCCUUCCCAACAUUCUUGGGUUCGCCUUCGGGGUGAUCCAGAUGGGGCUCUACGCCCUCUACCGCAACGCCACGCCCAGGCCGGCACCCAAGGAGGUGGAUGCCCCCGUGUCCGACGAUGGUGCCGUCAAGCCGUCCGAGCACGUUGUCAACAUCGCUAAGCUCGGCCCGGCGGCCACCGCCAUCGAGCUCAACACACACUACCCUGUCGACCCACCGCCGUCGAUGAAGGAGGGGGGGGCCAAGGAGAACGGCGUGGCCUGCGCCAGCGGAGAGAAGCUUGACAAGGCAACCCAUGUCGAGCAAGUCUAGACAUGCAUGCGUUCAUGACACGGAUGUAUAUAUGUCGUGCAUCCAAAUAAGCAAUGACGGGGAUCAAGCCAUGACGGGGAUCGAGCAAACAAGCGAUGGAGAAUGCAUGCAUGCAUGCAUGGGGCCUUGUAAAUUGCAAUUUCUACUGUCGAUGCUCCAUUCGAAUUCAAGUGUUGAUUCGUAGUAUAGCUCGUUGCAAAGGGUUCUUAUUUUAUUCCGGUCGUAUUCAUUAGUGUAUCCAUCGAUCACUUAGAUGUAACGGUCUUAUUAUAAGGAACCAGCAGGAUGAGCGUGGCUAGAUGUAAAUUAUAAUAUAUAUAUUUCCAUAAAGUAUUGUUUUUCUUGAA